GGGUGCGCGCUCUGUCCGCGUGGCUCCGUGCCGGCCAUGCGUGCCAGUCGACGGCGACGUCUCGCCACUUGUUACUGGUAUCUGGUGCGCAAGAAGUGCUGACAAGGAGCUUAGCAAACGUCAUCCGUGCUCCAGUGGCUGCACGUCUGCUCACCGACGGAGGAUCAUCCGCAACGCUGGCCUCUACCCGAAAGUGAUGUGUUGUCUUGCCAAUGCGCUCGAGUGGAAGCUGCACGGGACCGUGAUGGAUGACUUCGACAGCCGGGAACCUGAGCGGGGACCGUUUGAAAUUUCGGCUAUACACUGGAAGCUGUAAACCGCCGUCUGAGGAGCGUCUCGCCGUUCAUUACUGGAGGAGUUGGAGGAAAGUAACUGUCCUGUCACCGUGCCGCCAGGAGGCGAUACCAGUUGUCUCGAAAGCCCCUGCCUCGACGUGGCGUACACAGGUGGUGUUGCCUUCUCCCAUACCGGAGCCGAAGGAGAUAGCGCGGCGUCGAGCCCCGCCUCCGUUCUUGCGGCGAUGCGCCUCCUUCCGCAUUGGAUGAUUGGUCGUGGUGAAACACCAAGAGGACUGAAGGCGUUGCCCGACCGCUGAGCACUGAUGCUGCAGCCUCCGCGUGUGUCGUCGCCGCCGCCGCUGCCUCAGGUAGCGGCGUGCGCGGCGCGCCAGUCGCCGCAGUCGCCCAACUGCUUCCGCAUUCCCAUCCCUCUGGAACCGCUCAAGGACGGUCACUCCAUGGACCCAAAGGAGCGGACGUUCCUGGAGGCUGCCGAGCGGGGCGACCGUCACACCAUGAUCCGGUGCCUGUCCCCACCGGACCCCGUGAACGUCAACUGCACGAACAUCCUGGGCCGCAGCGCCAUCCAGAUCGCCGUCGACAACGAGAACGUCGAGAUCGUCGAGUUGCUGCUGCGCCAGCCGGACGUGCACAUCGGCGACGCCCUGCUUCAGGCCAUUCGAGAAGGCGUGUACAAAAUCGUGGAGAUGCUGAUCGACCACCCCAGCAUCACGGCCGAGAUGCUCGCCAGCGGCUGGGCGCGGAGCCAGGCGCAGGAGAGCUCCGACUACUCGGCCGACAUCUCGCCGGUCAUCCUGGCCGCGCACUGCAACCAGUUCGAGAUCCUGCAGCUGCUGCUGUCCCGGGGCGCCGGCAUCGAGCGGCCGCACGCGCUGUCCUGCUCGUGCCGCCGCUGCUGCGAGGACACCCGGCGGGACUCGCUGCGCCACUCGCUGCGGCGCAUACACGCCUUCCGGGCGCUCGCCUCGCCAGCCUGGAUGUCGCUCACCAGCGAGGACCCCAUACUCACCGCCUUCAAGCUUUCGUGGGAGCUGGGCAGGCUGGCCCAGCGCGAGAACGAGUUCAAGGAGAUCUACCUGGAGCUGAGCAACCAGUGCAAGAAGUACUCGUGCGAGCUGCUCGACCUGUGUCGCAGCAGCGAGGAAGUGAUCGCCGUGCUCAACAAGCGCACCAGCCCCGAGCUGCUCGACGACUCGGACGACGAAGAGGAGGUGGAGGUCGCCCCCGAGGAGUACUGCAUAUCCGGCGGCCCCUACCAGAUGGCGCCUCGGGGCCUCACGCUGUCGCGUCUCAAGAUGGCGCUCAAGUACGACCAGAAGCAGUUCGUGGCGCACCCGAACUGCCAGCAGCUGCUCACCUCCAUCUGGUACCAGGGGCUGCCCGUGUGGCGGCGCCGCAACGCCCUGAGCAAGACGUGCCUGUGCGCGGGGCUCAUCAUGCUGCUGCCGCUCAUCGCGUGCUACUACCUGGCCUUCCCGCGGUCCCGCUUCAGCCGCGUGGUGCGCUCGCCCUUCAUGAAGUUCAUCUACCACAGCGCCUCCUUCGGCUGCUUCCUGCUGCUGCUCAUCCUCGCCUCGACGGGCACCGACCGCGCCCGCCAGAACAUCCGGGGCCCCGCGCCUUCGCCCGUCGAGUGGCUCAUCCUCUUCUGGGUCACCGGCAUGGUGUGGGCCGAGUGCAAGCAGCUCUGGGAGGAAGGCCUCAAGGCGUACGUCUGUCAGUGGUGGAACUGGCUCGACUUCAUCAUGCUCUCGCUCUACUUGACCACCGGCUCGCUGCGCGCUGUCGCCUACUUCCAGGUACAGAGCGGGCAGUACGGCGCUCGCGUGCUGGACCGGGUCCAGUGGCCGGCCAACGACCCGACGCUCAUCUCGGAAGGAGUGUUCGCCAUGGCCAACGUGUUCAGCUUCGCGCGCAUCAUCUACCUGUUCCAGACCAACCCGCACCUGGGUCCGCUACAGAUCUCGCUCGGCUGCAUGAUCGUCGACAUCGCCAAGUUCCUCUUCAUAUUCUUCCUGGUCCUCACUUCUUUCGUGUGUGGACUCAACCAGCUGUACUGGUACUACGACCCCACCAUGGGCUUCUGCGAGACCAAGGAAGUCGGCGGCGUAAACAUUACAUUCAACUGCCACCACAAUCCGGACGCUUUCCUCACGAUCGACGCCAGCUACACGUCGCUGCUGUGGUCCCUGUUCGGCGUGAUUCCCAUCAAGGACAUCAGCGCGCGCAAGGACCAGCCCUUCACCAAGUGGGUGGGCCAUGCCCUGCUGGGCGCCUACAUGAUCAUGGCCAUGACCGUCAUGAUCAACAUGCUCAUCGCCAUGAUGAGCCGAUCAUUCCAGGACAUCGAGGACCACAAGGACCGCGAGUGGAAGUUCGCCCGCUCCAAGCUGUGGAUGGGCUACUUCGACGAAGGCUCGACGCUGCCCCCUCCCUUCAACCUCAUCAUCAGCCCAAAGUCCGUGUGGUACUUCCUGCGUGGCUUGCUCAGGCUCGGCCGCUUCCUCUGCAAGAGCGCCUUCGCCGCCAGGCACUCGGCCGUCAAGCCCGAGACGCAUGAUCCUGUUUACAUCGGAAGCAGUGUCGACAAAACCGACCGGAAGCCAGGUGCCAGGCGAAACACGGUGAUCCUGCAAUUCAACGGCCAAUCGAGCACGGUUCAAUACCAGGAGGUGAUGAAACGCCUGGUGAAUCGUUACAUUCAUCGAGCCAAGAAGCAGCUUCGCCAAGAUGGCGUCAACGAAGACGACUUGCUCGAGAUCAAGCAGGAUAUUUCCAGUCUCAGGUUCGAGCUCCGCGAAGACCGCAAGCGCGAGGCUGCGCACAACGUGCGGCAGCUGGACACGCUCCGGCGCGACAUCUUCAAGGGCGGGCCGCCAGGCCCUGCCCGGCCCGAGGUGGGCGCCGCGCAGCCAGCGGCGCACGGCUCGCUCCAGCAGCCGGCGGCGCCUUCGCCCUACUACGGGCUGCUGUCGCCCGAGGAGGUGGAGCAGCUUCGCGUGCAGGUCAUCGCGGGCGUGCGAGAGGAGCUUGGGCGCCUGGCACGAGAGCUGCACGUGCAGCACUGCCACCGGGCCGUGCCAGCACACCCGGCCAGGGCGCCCUCGUUGCCACCCGACCUCUACCAGACGCACCUGUUCACGCAGUUAUGAGGCCCGCACAGCGCCGCUCUCUGGAACCACGACCGAAAUUCGUUUCAACAGCAACGCCCUACGCUUGUAUACGGGCCUGCGACGUCGCUGGCUUUCUUCUACUGCAUGGAAAGCCACCUUGCGACGUCCCGACUUCAGAAAGUCUUCCGAGCGCUUCCGGGACUCGCCGAGCAACCGUCUUCAGUCGACGCCGGGGUCGAAACACAUAGCGGGCCACACACCGCAAGCUUGGCAGUUCGUGCCAGCACUCGAUUGUCCGCGGAUCCCUAUAUCGUAGCACCGCCAACAACCUUUUGUGAACCGCGGCUUUGCGUACAGUACGUGAUGUGCGAUAAGUUUUUUUUUUUUACUUGCUUGCGUACGUUGGUCAGGAAGAAACGAGACGCCACUGAAAACAUAAAGAAGAUAGUGAUCUCAGCUGUUGAUCUCUGGCAACAUCCACUCGCUUGCCUAAAGCCUCAACAACCUCUUAAGUAUGAUGGCCGGCUAUCCGUACCUUUAAACCUGACACGGCAUUACUGUAUUGGUGCAUAAAUGAAAGGAGAUUUUCCAUCCACGCAAAACCUCAUGCGAAGUAUGUUGCUAAAUUUAGUGUUUGAGAUUACAUUCCAAUAUGGUGGAAACGAGCUUGUCGAUGGUUCACGACUGCGGCUACAGCGCAAGGGGUACGAACAGCGAACACAGCGCUGUGUGUAUCCAUACUCUUGUCUGCCUCGUCUUCCUUUCGCUGUACCUACCGUCGAGAUAAGAUUGCGUACCAACUGUUGGCCGUUCAUGCUACCCACAGCUAUUUGUAUAGUGUGUGGCGCUCCAUGCAGGCAUCAUGCUCAAUCUGAAUACGCCGGGCUCGAGAAGGCAGCACUGCUUCCAGACCGUGAUAUGGCGUUCUGUGGUGUACGCAAGGAAGUAAAACUUAAGCAGCAGGCAACGUUGGUGUCUGAGAUCGAUAUUUUUUAGAGUCGUCGCUGCAUUUCUUGUAGUCGAGGUACAGGACCUGUAGACAUCCGCCUUUGGAGACGCUCGCGCUUUCGCCCGCGCCUGUGCCGCGCGCCUCCUUUCGCUCCUCCUUGUGUUGAGAGGAUAUCUUUCGCAGUCUUGUGUUACCGCAGAUUUUGUGCGCCACAGCGAAGCCGCUGCGAAACGUCUUCGAGGAGCGGCGCAGCGGGCGUUGUUUCACCUGACUCCAGUACAAGACGCUGCCCUCCUCUCCCCCAGCCGCCCUCCCUGCGCAUGCCAGGUCCUUUGGCUGCGUCUUCUCUGCCGAUCAGCUGACUUCGCUCAACUGAGAACGGCGUCACUGCUGCUGACAGCGCGCGGUGUGCAGCGUAGAUUGUGUUUACUCGUUUGUGGAUUUGCCAGGACACGUGCUAAAUUGAUGCCACUGUUUAUUGCGCGCUUAAGGCGCAGCGCGGUGUAUACUCCAAACAUCGCUCUUCGCUUUUGUGACGUCUCGAUAAUGAAGUAACGUGAAGGUGAGCUUUGUUUAGAGAGGCAUUGAGCGUUGAGCUUAGGGACUUCAUUGUACCCGGAAAUCUGAAUUAUUGGCGGAGCUUGGGGUAGCGUCCUCAUAAUUACUGCGCACUGUGUAAGUAACUAAUACAGUAGUAUUUCUUUAGUGCUUCGAAUGCUCUUGGGUGGCUAAACUUGUUUUUGCCAUAGAUGCAGUGGGCGUGACAGCAACUGCACUGUAGAACUUAACGCGACGCAAAGAACUGUUGAUACUCAGCCAUUCCCCGUGCGAUUCGCACACAUUGUGCGCUACACAGAGUGUCCUCGCGCUUGUCCUGUGUGUAGGCUUGCUCACCAUAGCAACUGUGCUGCAACACCCGGAGCCGCAUAAACCUAUCUAUUUUGACACAUGGGAUAUCUAAAAUACAUGUAGCGUCUCAGUAGAUUAAAAUUGCGUAUAUGUGACAAAGCGCAGCAUUAAGAAGAAUUUCAGCCAUUUAAUAGGAAUCAGUGCUUAUAUACACAUUCAAUUUAGUGACCUUUAGGUAACAGUACUUCGUAGCGACCACGAAGCGCAUGCCGUCCAGGCUACGGACAGCUUAUACGCCGAACGAGAUUCAAAGCAAAUACAUUGUUACGUGCGUCCAUAGAUGGACGAGUCUCGAAGGCAAGUCUUGAUUCGGUGUGGCCGUUUGUGACUACGCGAUGGCGGCGAACACGCGACAGUCGAUAACAAUCUGCCCCUAUAUACAGGGCGUCAUCACGGACAUUCGAUAAUAUGCUGCAUGUAUUCUAUAUAGGGUGUCACAGCUAACGUUAGCCAAGUUGUUCAAAGAAAUAAAAGAUUCAAAAAGCAUUGUGCAAGACACCGUUUUAAGACCCACAGUGUUCUGUUGUCAGACCUUUGAACACUGUGGGUUGUAUAAUUUUAUCUUGCCGCGUGCUUCUUUAAAUACUUUUUUUUUUGUUCAACCGCUCGGCUGACGUGAGCUUGGACACAAGGUAUAUGUGUGCUAAGAAUACACCCAUCGUGAUAGGCUACAUCACGCGUAAUUUAAUAUAUUAGCGGAAGAAAAAUUAAGACAGAUGUAUCGCAAGCAAAAAUAGCACAAGGCAUGCAGUAUCACGCCAUUCGUGCCGGCGUUUACUUUUAGAACAAAUGCAAAACACGUUUGGGCUCGUGCAAAAACUAGAGAGGGAGUCUGUUUCCUUGCGACGGAUGUGA